AUGGAGGCCGAAGGGGCAGUUGACUUGAUCGUGAAUAGCAAAAUUCUUAAAGAUUUGAACGCUCAAGUAGGAGUAUUCAUUGGAGACAAUGACAGCUCCAGUAUUCAUGCUAUACAGGAAUUGGUUGAUUAUACGAUAGUCAAGCAGUCCGACAUCAAUCAUACUAGCAACGUGCAUAAAUUCGUUCUUGCUGGUUCAUCACAAGCUAAUGAAAGUUUAAAUAAUACCAUGGCAAGUUAUUGUCCAAAAUCUUAUUCAUUUAGCACUAGUGAGUCUGCAGACUACAGGUAUGCUUGUGCAGUAGCGCACAAAAAAUUAGGCAGUGAUUAUAUUUUAAAAGUAUUUGAGAAAUUGAAUUUAACGAGUCGGAAGAAACUGGUUCACUAUUGUAACUACGCCAAAAAGAAGGCAAUCAAAAGACUGACAGUAGCGAGUACACCUCAUUUUAAGACUUUGAGAAAAUUCAACAGUAUUAAAAAAGAGCAACUACAAAAUCAAAAAGAAAGGCAGGCAAAAAAUACGUACAGUUCCAACAUGACGUUGUUAGAUAUUUCUGUUCAGCCUGAAAAUCUAAUUAAAGAAGUUGAUUGUGAUUUAAUUUACAAUACUAAAGAUGUUGCAUACAUUUUUUUUUAUAUUGAAACGGGAGGGUUUUCUUUCGACAAAGAUGUUUUUCAAGUCGCUUUGAAAAGCGAAAAAAGUUUUUUGUCCGUGUAUAUUACACCAUGUAAAAAUAUAGAUGCUAAGGCAAGUGCAGUCACAGGCUUGAAAAAAAGUGGUAGGCAACUAUUUUUACAUGGUACACAAGUACCAACAGUUUCUCGGAGAGUUGCUGUUACUAAAAUAUUAGAAUUUUUAAAGAGUUUCAAUAAAAAAGUUGUUUUGAUUGCACACAACUGCGAAUUCGAUUCCAACCACUUCAUUCGAUUAGUUGAAAGUUCAUCUAUGUUACAGUCUUUCAAAGAUAUAAUUCUUGGAUUUGUCGAUACAUUGGCUUUGUUUCGAAAACAAUUUCCAGAUAUUCAGUGUCAUAAGUUAUCAUAUCUCGGUAAUAAUUCAUUGCAGCUGUCAACUGAAAAUGCGCAUGAUGCUGCUGUUGAUAUUGUUAUUUUGGAAAAGUUGACAGCUCAGUAUAUUUGUUGGUCAGAUAUUUUGAAUAGUACAUUAACCGUUAAAGACGUACUUCAAAAAAUAUACAUGUCUACGAAUGAAAAACAAUUGAAACCAAGCUAUGCGCCCAUGAAAUCUGUGAUAUCAGCUUCCCUUAUAAAAAAACUAAGUCAAAGUGGGAUUGCAUAUAAAAACAUAAUUGAUAAAUAUUUCGAAGGAACUGAUAAAUUACAGGAGCUANGUCUUUACCCGUUAACUAAAGGUUUUUCUAUGAAAAUGAAAUAA